GCUCCGAGCCGGUUUUCGACGAUGGAGGAUUCGUCAUGUCCCAUGGUGCCUUCACGGAGCAGCACCGACAUGUAUGAACUGAAUAAGGAUUUGGAGAGAGUGAUUGAGGAUGUUGAGAACAUAUCAGUGCAGCUGACCUGGAUGGCUUAUGACAUGGUGACGCUGCGAACCGGUUUCGAGGGGGAAGCGUGUAUGCGGGAGCUGGAGGAGGCGCACAGCAGAUGCAGGGCGGCUGUCUUUGGGGAAGCUGAACCGCAGCCGCAGAUGGAAGCUGGUGCUGAGAAAGCUGACUCAUCACAAAGUCAAACUGUAGAUUAAGUCGUAUUAAAUUGUACUCUGAUUUAUUGCUUCCAUGUUAAAGUGCAGUUUUGUUUGCUUGCUUUAUGUUAAUAUUGAUAUCUAUGACUUAAUUUAUAUGAGUUUAUCAAGUUUUAAACUGUUCUAUUCUGUUUGUAUGAAUACUUUAAAUAAAGAAGCUAAUAUAUA